CAUCUCUAAUCAUUUUGUUCUUCACGAGAAAAAGCUCAAACCCCAUUAAACACUAAACUCCUUCUCUGUCUUGCUUUUGCUUUUCUCUCAUUCUCUCCAUCUUUCUGGGUUUUGAAUCAAUGGCUGUUAUUAUGAGGGCUAAAGCUAAAGGAGAAGGAGAAGGAGGAACAUUUUGAGACUCUGCCCAAUGCUUUUUCACUGGCUUUGUUUUGAAGCAUCUGUACAAUGGCUGAUGAUCACAGCUCUUUCACCAAGGAUUUAUUGCCAAAGAAAUCGCCUUUAUUGCUUAGGACGAUUGUCGUGUUGUUUGUAAUGCUCUGUGGUGUCUAUAUAUGCUCAGUUUGUUUAAAGCAAAUCAGGACUGGUACCUCAAUCAGAUUCUUAAGCAUCCCUGAGGUGAUUCAAAAGCCGUGCCAGAAACCUUAUAUUGAACCGGAAGAAGCGCCUUAUGUGCACUUCCCAAAGCCCACAACUUAUAGCAGGGCUGAAUGUGCGUGCAAUCCUGUGAGAUAUUUUGCAAUUUUCUCAAUGCAGAGGUCUGGGAGUGGUUGGUUUGAGACGCUACUGAAUAAUCAUACUAACAUAAGCUCAAAUGGGGAGAUUUUCUCUGUUAAAGUCAGGAGAAGUAACAUGUCAACAAUUUCAGAGACUUUGGACAGAGUGUACAAUCUAGAUUGGCUCAGUAGUGCCUCAAAGAAUGAGUGCACAGCUGCAGUUGGCCUAAAGUGGAUGCUUAAUCAGGGAUUGAUGCAUAAUCAUGAACAAAUAGUGGAGUACUUCAACACUCGAGGUGUUGCGGCUAUCUUUCUCUUUCGAAGAAAUCUGCUGCGUAGGUUGAUCUCUGUGCUCGCAAAUACUUAUGAUCGAGAUGUGAAGCUACUGAACGGAACCCACAAGUCUCACGUGCAUUCUCAUCAAGAGGCAGAGAUACUUGCAAAAUACAAGCCUACAAUCAAUACAACUUUGCUCUUAGCCGACCUGAAGCAAGUUGAGGAUAGAACUGCCAAAGCAUUUCAAUAUUUCAACAGCACCCGACAUAUUAUCCUAUAUUAUGAGGAUGUUGUUAAAAACCGCAGUAAAUUAAAAGACGUUCAAGAUUUUCUCAAGGUUCCACAAAGAGAUUUAAAGAGUCGUCAGGUGAAGAUUCACAAAGGUUCAUUGUCUAAUCAGGUUGAGAAUUGGGGUGAUGUCCAAAAAGCACUUAAUGGAACACAUUAUGAAAGCUUUCUCCAUUCAGAUCUUCGCAGGUAACAGCAAUGGGGAUGAUGUAUAUACCAUGCUUUGUUCGUAUAACAGUUUUUGGUUAUCUUUUGCCUUUAACCACAGAAGCCAUCAGGUUACCCUCCCUGUUUGAAAUUU